CAUAUACAUACUCCCAAAAAUUUGAAAACUCGUACAAAAAACCCAAUUUAUUUUGAAAUAUAUAUAUAUAUAUGUGUCUCUGCACUGCAUUUUCCCCGGUCUUAAGUCUCUCCAAAAUUUUGUCUGUCUCCACCUCUUAAAAUACCCAACUGGCCAACUCAACAACAAAAUUUUCUCUCGGUGUCUCGUACCUCCAUUAUUUUGCAUCUUUGGUUAAGCUACAAUAUAAUUUUACAGGAAUCAAUCAUAUUUUCUCCUACCAGUUUCAAAUAUAGCCAGUUCGGAUAACACGUGACCUAUUAUUAUUGUAACUUUUUGAGGCAAGAAAAAUCCUCUUAUGUGAGAAAGAGAAGAAAUUAAGGAUCCUUCUUGUAAAGAAAUUUGCUGCUUCAUUUUGCAAACAUAAAGCUUUUGAUCAGGAGAGCUUAAAGAAAGAAGGAAAAGAUGGGUUUCUUGUCACUGUUCGAAGUGGCAUCAAUGCCCAUUUUGCAAGUGCUAAUAAUUAGUGGUUUAGGGGCAUUUAUGGCAACUGAGUAUUGUAAUCUUUUGACUGCUGAUGCUAGAAGAUCACUGAAUAAGAUAGUGUACGUGGUUUUCACUCCAGCACUCAUGUUUGCAAGUCUUGCCAAGACCGUUACGUUGCAAGACAUCAUUUCAUGGUGGUUUAUGCCCAUAAAUGUAGGGUUAACAUUUAUCAUUGGAGGAGCCCUUGGAUGGAUUGCAGUAAAAUUGCUGAAACCUGGGCUACACCUUGAAGGUUUAGUUAUUGCCUCUUGCUCAGCAGCAAACUUGGGAAACCUUGUUCUGAUUGUAGUCCCUGCCAUCUGCCAUGAAGAUGGCAGUCCAUUCGGUGAUGACCAUGCUGCUUGUUCUUCCAUCGGUCUCUCUUAUGCCUCUUUCUCCAUGGCGCUUGGUGGAUUUUACAUAUGGACAUACACUUUUCACUUGAUAAGGAGUUCAUCCGUGAAGUUUAAGGCGCUAAAGGCAGCAGAGCAGGAGGCGUCAAGGGAUCCAAACAAGGACUUGGAAGCCAACGCAAAAACUCAUCUUCUCGAUGAGGAGAUUCAAGGUUAUGAUGCAGAAAACCAUCCUGUAUCUCAUGAGAAAAAAAGUGUGCCCAUUUGGCGGAAGAUAGUAGAGCUUCUACGCCAGAUUGUCGAAGAACUAAUGGCACCUCCCACUAUUGCUGCAGUUAUUGGACUCAUCUUUGGAUCUAUUACUUGGUUAAAGGGUCUCAUCAUAGGGGACAAUGCUCCGCUUCGAGUGAUUCAAGACUGCAUCAACUUGCUAGGGAAUGGACUAUUACCUUGUAUCAUCCUUAUACUAGGUGGAAACCUAAUUCAAGGAUUACGAUCAGCAAAAAUAAAGACCACUAUGAUAUUGGGGAUCUUAUUUGUUAAAUACUUGCUACUUCCAAUAAUCGGAAUUGGAGUAGUAAAAGCUGCUGAUAGUUUUGGUUUCCUCCCACCAGACCCUUUGUAUCACUUUGUGCUGAUGCUUCAGUUCACACUACCUCCAGCCAUGAGCAUUGGAACCAUGGCACAACUUUUUGAUGUGGGACAAGAAGAGUGCUCAGUGAUAUUCCUAUGGACAUAUGUUUUUGCAGCACUUGCACUUACUUUCUGGUCCACUGUAUUUAUGUGGAUCCUGUCAUGAACAAAGAAUUACUUCGGCCAUGUUUGAUAAUUCUUCAAGCAGGAAAAAUUUCGAGAUAUUCUGUACAAAUUAUGGAAUAAAUGGGUAUUUUCCCUGAUUAUCAGCAACUGAAACUCGAUCUAGUGCCUAGUGGUGGAUUCUGGGGAUAACGCGCGCUUUCAGCUCUCAGUCAGUGCAAGUUUUGGAUCAAAAAAUGUGUUGGUUACCUAUGAACUGUUGUAGAACAAUCUCUCCUCCAGCAGACUCAAAGGCAUAUGAUUCUUAUUACCCUCACACCUGUAUCAUUCCUUAUAGUAUUAAUUCAGUAUUUUUGAAGAGCAAAAGGAUUUGUUGUAGUCAAGAAUUAUUGACAUAGAUAGCAAUAUUGUAAAAUUAAAAGGCCGCAUUUAGGCAUUUGUGUUUUGAUAUAUGGUGCAUAAUUUGGGGAACAAAUGUUGUAAAUUUUUCAUUUUAAUUUUCAUCAUAUAAAGUAGAUACUUUGAUAUGUAAUUUCAUCAGAUAUUUUAUAGGAGAAAUAGCUCUAUAAUUACUCUGUUUA